AUGAGCGCCUCCAGCAGACCCGUCACUUUGGCGCACGGGUCCAUCGAGCAUGUGCUCCCAGUGCCCACCGGUUCGUUUUUCACUGCUUCGCAGCUCUUGGACCAGUUUUCUAAAGAGAUGCCCGCCGUCACCGACGGAUUUGCGUCGGACGACGAGCCCUCGUCUCCCGCCGAGCUUCUAGCCCAAUUCUUGGGCUACGUCGCGUCGCUCGUGGUGCCCAACGUCAAGGGCCAAUUCGACGACGUUUUGCAGUUGUCGAUCGCGGAGUUCGAAAACACGUACUUGCAGGGCAACGACGUGCAUACACUGGCCGCCAAGCUGCUGGCCGACGACGAAGUGUACGCCACGACUUUGCCAAAGGUGAAAACACUGAUCAAAAACUACUACGUGGCCCGCGUCGCUGCCCACAAGCCCUUCGGCAAGUCUGACUCGGCGCUGAUCAAAAGCGCCUCGGCCAAGGAGUCCGAAUUGGUGGCCAUCUUUGGUGGCCAAGGUAACACGGACGACUACUUCGAAGAGCUACGUGAACUCUACCAAACCUAUCACAGUAUCGUCUAUGACGUGAUCAAGGUCGCUGCCGACAAGUUGGCCGAGCUCGUCAAGUCGACCGAUGACACCGAAAAAGUGUACACUCAGGGAUUUGACGUGAUCGAGUGGUUGGAACACCCAGAAAAGACUCCAGACACGACAUAUUUACUAUCGAUCCCAAUCUCGUGUCCGCUGAUCGGUGUCAUCCAACUGGUGCACUAUGCAUUGACCGCGAGAAUCCUUGGACUCACUCCCGGUGAAUUGAGAAGCAAUUUGGUCGGUGCCACUGGCCAUUCCCAAGGUUUGGCCACCGCCGUGGCUAUUGCCGAGGCCGACUCCUGGGACAGCUUUUUCGAAUCCCUAAACAAGACCGUGGCCUUGUUGUUCUUCAUUGGUGUCCGUUGCUACCAAGUGUACCCAAACACCUCUUUGCCACCUUCCAUGCUCGAGGACUCUGCAGAAAACGGCGAAGGCACGCCAUCUCCAAUGUUGUCCAUUUCCAACUUAACCAAAGAACAAGUGCAAUCAUUCGUAGAUCAGACCAACGCGCAUUUGCCUGCCGAAAAACACAUUGUCAUUUCUUUGAUUAAUGGUGCCAGAAACUUGGUCGUUACGGGCCCACCCAAGUCCCUAUACGGUUUGAAUUUAACCCUGCGGAAGGCAAAAGCUCCAGCCGGUUUGGAUCAAGCUAGAAUUCCUUACAGCGAAAGAAAACUAAAGUUCUUUAACCGUUUCUUGCCCAUUGCGUCUCCAUUCCACUCUCAUUUGUUGGAACCUGCUACCAAGUUUAUUUUGCAAGACUUGGAAGACGCCAACGUUGAGUUCAAGCAAAGUGACCUCAAAUUACCCGUUUACGACACUUUUGACGGUAAAGAUCUCAGAGAUUUCAAGGGCUCGAUCGUUGCCAGAGUGGCCGAUUGCAUCACUAAGUUGCCAGUCAACUGGGAAACUACCACUCAAUUCGCCGCAUCCCAUAUUCUUGACUUUGGACCCGGUGGCUCUUCUGGUCUCGGUGUUCUGACACACCGUAACAAAGAUGGUACCGGUGUUAGAGUUAUUGUUGCCGGUGCGCUCGACAUCAACCCAGAGGACGAGUACGGGUUCAAGCAAGAGAUUUUUGACGUUAGCAGCAAUGGGUUGAAGUUUUCGCCCAACUGGCUGAAGGAGUACCACCCCAAAUUGAUAAAGACCAAAAACGGUAAAGUCUACGUCGAUACCAAAUAUUCCAAACUCGUUGGCAGAGCUCCUUUGCUGGUUCCUGGUAUGACCCCUUGCACAGUGUCUCCCGAUUUUGUUGCCGCCACUAUCAACGCUGGUUAUCAAAUCGAAUUGGCAGGUGGUGGUUAUUUCUCGCCCGAGGGUAUGACAAGCGCAAUUAAUGAUGUUGUCAAGCAAAUCAAGAAAGGUUACGGUUUAGGUAUCAACCUGAUCUACGUCAGCCCCAGAAUGUUGCAAUGGGGUAUUCCCAUGAUCAAAGAAUUGAGAGAGAAAGGUUACCCAAUCCAGUCUUUGACCAUUGGUGCAGGUGUUCCUUCUUUAGAAGUCGCUUCCGAAUACAUUGAGACUUUGGGAUUGACGCACCUUGGCUUAAAGCCCGGUUCUAUCGAUGCCAUUUCUCAAGUCAUUACCAUUGCCAAAGCUCAUCCCAAUUUCCCAAUUGUUCUUCAAUGGACUGGUGGUAGAGGUGGUGGUCACCAUUCCUUUGAAGAUUUUCACUCUCCGUUACUUCAAAUGUACUCCAAGAUUAGAAGACACUCUAACAUCAUCUUGAUUGCUGGUUCUGGUUUCGGAUCUGCUGAAGACACAUACCCAUACUUGACCGGUGCUUGGUCCGCUAAGUUCAACUAUCCACCAAUGCCAUUCGAUGGUUUCUUGUUCGGAUCCAGAGUUAUGAUUGCCAAGGAGGCCAAGACUUCCCCAGAUGCCAAAUUGGCCAUUGCUGCUUGUAAAGGUGUUCCCGAAUCGCAAUGGGAACAAACCUACAAGAAACCUGCCGGUGGUAUCAUCACAGUUCGCUCUGAAAUGGGUGAGCCAAUCCACAAAUUGGCCACCAGAGGUGUCAUGUUGUGGAAAGAGCUUGAUGACACCAUUUUCUCACUACCUAAGAACAAGUUGCAACCCGCCUUGGAUGCAAAGAAAGAUUACAUUAUCGCGAAAUUGAAUGCUGAUUUCCAGAAGCCAUGGUUUGCCACCGUUGAUGGUAAGCCACGCGAGCUUGCCGAUAUGACUUACGAACAAGUUGCCGAGAGAUUGGUAGAACUCAUGUUUGUCAAGUCCACUGGCAAAUGGAUUGACAUUACCUUGAGAGAUUUCACAGGUGACUUCCUGAGACGUGUGGAAGAACGUUUCACUAAGAAGAAGACUGCUUCAGUUCUACAAUACUACUCCAUUUUGGAUGAGCCAAAGCGUGCGUUAAAAUUAGUUUUCGAUGCUUACCCUGCGUCCAAGUCUCAGUACUUGAAUGCCCAAGACGUUGACUACUUUUUGAGUCUUACCCAAAGACCAACCCAGAAACCUGUGCCUUUCGUCCCCGUCUUGGAUCACAGAUUUGAAUUCUAUUUCAAGAAAGAUUCCUUAUGGCAAUCCGAAUUUUUGGAAUCGGUCGUUGAUCAAGACGUGCAAAGAACAUGUAUUUUGCAAGGUCCCGUUGCGGCUCAAUUCACCAACGAUGUUGACCAGCCAAUCAAGAGCAUCAUGGAUGACAUUCACGAAGGCCAUAUCGCCAGGUUGCUGAAGGAUUACUACAACGAUGAUGAAUCGACUAUUCCAACUGUUGAAUACUUUGGCGGCGAAGACCCUGAAGCGGUUGACUUCGACUCCGUCGAGACGGAUGACAAGAUCAUUUACCGUGCGUCGAGCUCUACUGAUGAUGCCACAUGGUUCAAACUUUUGGCCGGCACCACUAGAAACUGGAAACAUGCGUUCUUCUCCACUGCUAGAGUGGUUCAAGGAUCUUUGUACACCGAGAACCCUGCUCAAAAGGUUUUCAAGCCUACCGCUCACUCUGUAGUGCAAAUUACUCAUCCUAAGGAGAGCUCCAAAACCGUUGUGACUUUGCUAGAACCUGUUCAGGGAGAAUUGAAACCGAUUGUCGUUCUUCGUCUCGUAAAGGAGGACACCAUGGAGUUGCAAUUGAUUGAAAACAGAACCAUUGAUGGUAAACCUGUGGCCCUAUCUCUACUCUACAAGUAUCAACCUGAAGAUGGCUUUGCUCCUGUUUCAGAAGUAAUGGAAGGGCGCAACAAUCGUAUCAAGGACCUAUAUUGGAAGUUGUGGCUUGAAGAGCCUAUUAAUCUUGAAUACGACCCAAGAAAGCUAAUCAAGGGCGAACAAGUUAAGGUUACCGCUAAGGACAUUAUCGAAUUCACACAUGCCAUUGGCAACAAAUGUGAAGACUUUGUUGCUAGACCAGGUCGCAAGCUUUUGGCUCCUAUGGACUUUGCAAUUGUUGUUGGAUGGAGAGUGAUCAUUAAAGCGAUCUUCCCUCAAAGCGUUGACGGUGACUUACUCAAGUUGGUUCACAUGGCCAAUGCCUACCGUAUGGUCCCAGGUGCCAAGCCAAUGCAAGAAGGUGACAUGAUCACCCCCACUGCUAUCAUUAAGAGCGUUGUUAACCAGGCUAACGGCAAGCUUGUCGAGGUUGUCGGAACUUUGACUAGAGAUGGCGAACCUGUCAUGGAAAUCACGUCCACUUUUUUCUAUAGAGGGAAGUACGGUGAUUUCGAGAACAGUUUCCAAAGGAUUAGUGAACCAGCAUAUCAGGUCAAGAUCGAAUCCGCAAAGGAUAUUGCCGUCCUCAGAUCGAAGGAAUGGUUCCAGCUUGACAAUGACGAGAUCGAUUUGUUGGGUCAAACGUUGACCUUCGAGACCGAAACAGAAGUUACGUUUAAAGACCAAAGUAUCUUCAAUUCUGUCAGAUGCGAAGGUAAGAUUAAGAUGGAACUACCAACUAAGGAAAAGGUCGAGAUUGGUGUUGUGGACUACGAGGCGGGCGAAUCUCAUGGCAAUCCUGUGGUUGAUUACUUGAAGAGACACGGUUCAACUUUGGAACAAAAGGUUAAUCUAGAAAACGCCAUUCCAAUCACUGUCCAAGAAUCUCAAGCGCCAGGUACCAACGAACCUUACGCCAGAGUGUCAGGAGACUUGAAUCCAAUCCAUGUCUCUCGUCAUUUUGCGAAUUACGCUAAUUUGCCAGGUACUAUUACCCAUGGCAUGUACUCCUCUGCCGCGGUCCGCGCCCUCGUCGAGACGUGGGCUGCCGAUAACGUUUCUUCGAGAGUUCGUGGUUAUAGCUGCCAAUUUGUUGGCAUGGUUUUGCCUAACACACCUUUGAAGACCACUAUACAGCAUGUCGGUAUGAUCAACGGUCGUAAGUUGAUUAAGUUCGAAACUAAGAACGAUCGCGAAGAAAUUGUCAUGACAGGAGAAGCGGAAGUAGAACAACCCGUCUCCACCUUUGUGUUCACCGGCCAAGGCUCUCAAGAGCAAGGUAUGGGCAUGGAUCUCUACGAAAAGUCUGAUGUUGCUAGACAAGUCUGGGAUAGAGCUGACUCGCAUUUCAGAGAGACUUAUGGUUUCUCCAUUCUUGACAUUGUCAAAAAGAACCCAACUGAGAUGGUGAUAUACUUUGGCGGUGAAAAGGGUAGAAAGAUUAAGGCCAACUACACUCAAAUGAUUUUUGAAACCAUUGUGGAUGGUGAAUUGAAGACGGAGCGUAUCUUCAAAGACAUUACCGAAGAGACUACGUCUUACACUUUCCGUUCUCCAAAUGGCUUGCUUUCGGCUACCCAGUUCACGCAACCAGCCUUGACCUUGAUGGAGAAGGCUUCCUUUGAAGACUUGAAGGCCAAGGGCUUGAUCCCUGCCGACGCUGCCUUUGCUGGCCACUCCUUGGGUGAGUACGCUGCCCUCGCCUCUCUAGCCGAUGUCAUGUCUAUUGAGUCUCUGGUUGAAGUUGUUUUCUACAGAGGUAUGACGAUGCAGGUCGCGGUGCCUAGAGACGAGCUAGGAAGAUCCAACUACGGUAUGGUUGCCGUAAACCCUGGAAGAGUCUCCCCGACUUUCAACCAGGAGGCACUGCAAUUCGUUGUUGCUGUUGUAGGUAAAAAGACUGAAUGGUUGGUUGAAAUCGUGAACUACAACGUUGAAAACCAACAGUACGUUGCUGCUGGUGACUUAAGAGCUUUGGACACCUUGACUAAUGUUCUCAAUUUCAUCAAAGUGCAGAAGAUCGAUAUCAUCAAAUUGCAGCAAUCUAUGUCUUUGGAAGAAGUGGAGGCCCAUCUCAACGAGAUUAUCGCCGAAGUUGCUCAAAAGUCUAUCGCGAAACCACAACCUAUUGACCUAGAGAGAGGAUUCGCUUGUAUUCCAUUGCGUGGUAUCUCGGUGCCUUUCCACUCCUCUUACUUGAGAAACGGUGUUAAGCCUUUCAAGAACUUCUUGAAGAAGAACAUUGUCAAAGAGAAUGUCAAGGCAGACAGAUUGAUCGGGAAGUACAUCCCUAACUUGACCGCCAAACCAUUCGAAAUCACCAAAGAGUAUUUCCAAGAUGUUUACAAUCUGACUGGCUCGGAAAAGAUUAAGGAAGUGUUGGACAACUGGGAUUCUUACCAAAACUAA